ACGUAAGGACAGUGUCAGUCGAUGUAGUUCUGUUGAUAUUAACACAAAAGAAUACUCAGUGGUUGAUCAAGAGACAAGAUCGUGUCUUAGCAACUGACUAGAAUAUUUCAAGUGUUUCUUCCAAUUAACACACUUUUCGUUGCAACUGGCAAUUUCCGAUCCAGCCAAACCGAGAUCGGGUGUAGAAAAACCAAUGGAACAGGAGAAGAUCGAUUUCAUGCCGGAUUGCUGCCCGAGGCAAGAACAUGUUCUAUGAGAAGUUGGUCGUCUGUCACCGCCUAAUGCAUGAAUAGAUGCAGUUGAAUUUUACGUGAAAAUAAAUACGAAUCAGCAGAGUUUGUUUGAAAACAAAAGGCACAGUGGAGCGGCGAAAUGGGCCUGAAACAGCGCGGUUUAGUGUUUGCUACGUUUUUUGGGAGUUGCAUUGCCAUUGCAUUUCUGCUGGCGAGUCUAACGACCAACCAAUGGGUGUACUCGAAAGCUGUGAGGACGAAUUCCACUAAAGCGACGGGGGAAAUAAACUAUGGACUCUUCAGUGGGAUCAAGAGUUUGGAUGUUGGAUAUGGGAUGCGAAGUACGCCAAUUAAUGUUUUCGAAUUAGUCAACAACGAACCAAAUUUGAUGGACUUUUGGCUUUGGCUUGGAGCAGCCGCCGGCACUGCCUCUGGACUAAUCACAAGCGCAGUGGGUGCUAUCACAUCAGUAUUAAAAGCAGCAUCUGCUGCAAAAAAACGUGCAACGAUGGUACUGUUAUUCGUUGCCAACUGGUUAUCAAUCAUAUCUCAUAUUAUUGCCUUCGUCUGUUGGCUCGUACAAUUCAUAAUUUACCUAAAUCACAACGUUUUGCCAUCCGACGAUUUGAAAAUCAAUUGGCACACACGCGGCUUAGCGAGUUUAGGUUUAAGCUUUUACUUUGUCAUCAUUUCGAUGUUUUUCGUAAUGAUUAAUAUUUGCAUUUUGACUUACGUGCAUUUAAGUGAGAAACGUGAACAAAGAUUUAUCGAUCAACCGGAUGAGGAUAAAACAAACGCGAUAAUGUUGUAUUAAUUUCGUAUUAGUAGGACAAAGCAUUUAACUUAGACUACGUUAUUAUGAGAAGACGAAAUCGAGAUGGUGUCUGUUUAAGAUGUGGCUGAAACAACUUGCGUCAUUUAACUGUUAUUCACUCAUUUAAGAUUAAAGUUGACUUGCAUUAUUACAUAUAUAAAUUCGUUGAACCUACAUUAAAAGAUAAAAUCAUAUAGAGGUUAGUAUUAAUUUCAUGAUCCAUUACAAAUAAUUGUUGAGAUUCAUGAAUCUCACUUGGACCAAAGAACAUUAUCACCGAGUGUAAGACACGAUUCAUAUGGAAAUACGUUCCACGACAUUCAUUCAAGAAGAGUUCUUCGCACAAUAAAUAUAUUUAGGAACUGUGAAAGGAACGAACAGCUUCAAUUGAAUCUAUGUUUCGCCUUUUUAUAGUAACGUAGUCAUAAAUUGUUCAACGAAAUAACAAACCUGAAAUAAUUAGUAACAUAGACGGAUUAAUAUAACUGAAGUCAACAAACUUGCUAUUAAGAUUAUCAUUUACAUUUGCAUAUUUUGUUAUUUAUACCAAGGAUGAAUAAAUAUACAAGAACAUAUUGAAUUAAA